AUAAAAUACGACUAUAUACUAGCAAUUAUUAAUAAUAAUCACUGGCAAAUAACAUGGAUAAUGUCCCGACGAAAAAAGAGCCAUUAAGGCGAAAACCCUCCAUAAACAUAUCCUUCUCACAACAAUACCUCACAAAGAAAGAUUUGCUUCGCGAGAAGUUACUCCUUUACAAUUUUCUCUAAGGCUGGAUUAAUUUAUGCGUACAUCAAUAUCAUUUCCUUCCCCUGGCCCUCAAAAGCAUGAAAGAAAAGCAAUUUUUUCAUCAAAAAGAAAAAAAUUCCAAACAUUUAUAUAUAUAUAUUAGUUGCGGGCAUUCAACGCUAUGUGAUGUCAUCCACGAAUCGAUUAUUAAUAUUUUUAAGUCUCAGAUGACGGCUAAUUAGCCUACAUAAGAGGACUCUUGAUCCUCUCAAUUUUCACAAUAGAUAAGAGUACUAGAUUGCGAAUUCACAAUGGUAGUAAUUUUGCUGUUCUUUCUUCUGGCCCUCCCUUUCUUACUAUUCAUUCUCCUAAAACAUAGUAAAAAUGGCAAUAUUCUUCUUCCCCCUAGCCCCCCAGGUCUUCCCUUGAUUGGUCACUUACACAUGCAGAUGCUUGAUAACUCAGCCCCUCAUAUUUUUCUUUGGAAACUCUCUCAAAAGUAUGGCUCUCUCAUGACCUUGCGCUAUGGAUUUAGGUCAAUCCUUGUAGUUUCUUCAGCCAAAAUGGUUAAAGAGGUUAUGAAGACCCAUGACCUUGAUUUCUGCAGUAGGCCUACUUUACGUUGCCCUCAGAUAUUAUCUUACAAUGGCUCGGAUUUGGUUUUUUCACCAUAUAAUGCUUAUUGGAGGGAGAUCAGGAAAAUAUGUGUUGUUCAUCUCUUUAACUCUAACAGGGUUCAACUCUAUCGUCCCAUCCGAGAAGAUGAGGUUGCUCGCCUGAUUGAAAAAAUAUCCAAAUUAUCUUUUGAUUCUAAACCUGUCAACUUGAGUGAGGCAAUGAUGUGUCUUAGCAGUACAAUAAUUUGCAGAGUAGGGUUUGGAAAGAGGUAUGAAGAAGAAGGAACUGAAAGAAGCAGAUUUCAUGGGCUGCUUAAUGAAGGUCAAGCCCUGUUCGCGAGCUUCUGUAUUUCUGACUUUUUUCCUUCCAUGGGUUGGGUUGAUAGAUUAUCUGGAUUGCUCGGUCGUCUUGAAAAGAACUUCAAAGAAUUUGAUAUCUUUUACCAAGAACUCAUUGAUGAACAUCUUGAUCCAAAUAGGCCAAAACCCGAGCAAGAAGACAUUGCUGAUGUCUUACUACAAAUCUGGAAGGAUCGCGACUUUACAAUUGAUCUCACUAUGGAUCACAUAAAAGCUGUGCUAAUGAACGUGUUUAUUGCUGGAACAGAAACAAGCGCUGGCACCGUGAUUUGGGUCAUGACCUUCCUGAUGAAAAAUCCGAGGUGUAUGAAGAAAAUUCAAGAGGAAGUUAGAAAUUUGGUUGGAAAAAAGGGUUUUGUAAACGAAGAUGAUGUUCAAGAUUUAACUUAUCUUAAAGCUGUGAUAAAAGAAACAUUCCGAUUGCAUCCAAUACUUCCAUUAUUAGUGCCACGAGAAACAAUGCGAAAGUGUAACAUAGGCGGGUACAAAAUACCAGCCAAAACCUUAGUCUAUGUGAAUGCAUGGGCAGUAGGAAGAGACCCUGAAGCUUGGGAAAACCCAGAAGAGUUUUGUCCAGAGAGAUUCAUUGGCAGUUCUAUUGACUACAAAGGACUAGACUUUGAGCUCAUACCAUUUGGUGCCGGUCGAAGGGGUUGUCCUGGAAUACAUAUGGGAGUUGCAACUGUGGAGCUUGUCCUUGCUAAUCUUCUUUACAAAUUUGAUUGGGAAAUGCCAACUGGGAUGCACAAUGACGACUUAGACUUUGAUGUGAUACCUGGUGUUGCUGUACACAAAAAAAAUGACCUUUGCCUUGCGGCAAGGAGGUUUAGUGUUUAGUCGACGCAAUGUAUGUUUGUUUGUUUUUCUUUUUCCAAGUGCUGGACAUCAAGCUUUUGAUUCGACGGAAAAUGAGUGAACCCUUUGGAUAAGUUUCGCAAUCAAAUCAAUGUAAGCAGCGGAUCGAGAAUUUCAAGU